GCAGCAAUUUUUAUUUGCCCAUCAAGUAGGCUUUUGGUGGAAAUGACACACCACCAGCAGCAUGUUGUCCACGAUAUGGGGGUGGGAUGCGGGGGCGAGCAGGAGAGGACAAGUUGUUCUUCUAUUGCAGGGUGAUGGCACUACAAGGCUGCAAUUUUUAUUUGUCCAUCAAGGGGGCUUUUGGUGGAAAUGACACACCACCAGCAGCAUGUUGUCCACGAGAGGGGUGGUGGCAUGGGGGGGCGAGCGUAAGAGGACAAGUUGUUCUUCUAUUGCAGGGUGAUCGCACUACAAGGUGCAAUUUUUAUUUGCCCAUCAAGUUGGCUUUUGGUGGAAAUGACACACCACCAGCAGCAUGUUGUCCACGAGAGAGGAGUGGGAUGGGGGGGCGAGCAGGAGAGGACAUGUUGUUCUUCUAUUGGUAUGUACUCAGGCUUUAUAGUGUUUGA